GCGGGCUCUUCCGGGCGCCGUGCUCUUGGCUCUGUUCUGAAGCGGUUUAGGUGCUGGCGGUUCUGUGCCCCUGCUGAGACCUGAGAAGUGUACUCGAGCAAGCUUGGAGGCCAAGAGAUGGAUGCAGUGACCUAUGAUGAUGUGCACAUAAACUUCACUCAGGAAGAAUGGGUCUUGUUGAAUCUUUCUCAGAAGAAGCUCUACAAAGAUGUUAUCCUGGAGACCUACAGGAACCUCACUGCUAUAGGAUACAAAUGGAAGGAACACAAUAUUGAAGAAUAUUGUCAAAAUUCUAGAAUACAUGGAAGGCAAGAAAGAAGUCAUCCUGGAAAUAAACCCUAUGAAUAUACUCAAUGUGGUAAAGCCUUUGCAUAUCACAGUCAUCUACAAAGUCAUGAAGGAGUUCAUGCUGGAGAGGAAUCCUAUGAAUGUAAUCAAUGUAACAAUCACAGUUCUCCUCAAAAUCAUGAAAAAAAUCAUAUUGAAGAGAGUGUAUAUGAAUGCAAUGAAUGUGGUAAAGCCUUUUCACAAGAGAGUCAUCUCCAAAUACAUACAAGGACACAUCGUGGACAGAAAUACUAUGAAUGUAAGCAAUGUUGUAAAGCCUUUGCCUGUGGCACCAGUCUUCAAAAACAUGAAGAAGAUCAUACUAGAGAUACAACCUCUGAAUCUGAGCAAAGUGGUACAGAUUUUGUACAUCAGAGUUAUCUCCAAAAACCUAAAAGAACAUAUAUUGUACAGAAACCCUACAAAUGCGCUCAAUGUGAUAAAGUGUUUUCAAAACGUAGUAAUUUCCAAAGACAUAGAAGAACACAUACUCGAGAGAAACCCUAUGAAUGUAACCAAUGUAGUAAAGGCUUUGCACUGCCUAGAUAUCUCAGAAAACAUAAAAGAACACAUACUGGAGAGAAACCCUACAAAUGUAAUCAGUGUAGUAAAACCUUUGCACAGAGUAGUGGUCUUCAAAAUCAUGAAAGAAUUCAUACCGGAGAGAAGCCCUAUGAAUGUAAUCAAUGUGGUAAAUCCUUUGCACAUCCCAAUUAUCUCCAGAAACAUGAAAAAACUCAUACCGGAGAAAAACCCUAUGAAUGUAAUCAAUGUGGUAAAGCCUUUGAACAACACAUUCAUCUUCAAAUUCAUGAAAGAAUCCAUACUGAAGAGAAACCCUAUGUAUGUAAUCAAUGUGGUAAAGCCUUUGCAUAUCACAGUCAUCUUAAAGUUCAUGGAAGAGCUCAUACUGGAGAGAAACCCUAUGAAUGUAAUAAAUGUGGUAGAGCUUUUGCAUAUAGCAGUAGUCUUCAAAUACAUGAAAUAAUCCAUACUACAGAGAAACCCUAUGAAUGUAAUCAAUGUGGUAGAGCCUUUGCACAUCAGAGUUAUCUCCAGAAACAUGAAAGAACACAUACUGGGGAGAAACCCUAUAAAUGUACACAAUGUGGUAAAGCCUUUGCACAACAGAUUCAUCUUCAAGUUCAUGGAAGAAUCCAUACUGGAGAGAAACCCUAUGAAUGUAAUCAGUGUGGCAGAGCCUUUGCAUAUAGCAGUAGUCUUAAAAAACAUGAAGUGGUCCAUACUGGAGAGAAACCCUAUGAAUGUAAACAAUGUGGUAAAGCCUUUGCAUAUCCCAGAUAUCUCCAUAAACAUGAAAGAACACAUACUGGAGAGAAACCCUAUGAAUGUAAUCAGUGUAGUAAAGCCUUUGCACAUCACAGUUAUCUCCAGAAACAUGAAAGAAUUCAUACUGAAGAGAAACCCUAUGAAUGUAAUCAGUGUGGUAAAACCUUUGCACAUCCCAGUUAUCUCCAAAAUCAUGAAAGAACACAUACUGAAGAGAAACCCUAUGAAUGUAAUCAAUGUGGUAAAGCUUUUUCAAAGCAGACUCUUCUCCAACUACAUAAAAGAACGCAUACUGGAGAGAAACCCUAUGUAUGUAAUCAAUGUGGUAAAGCCUUUGCAUAUCACAGUCAUCUAAAAGUUCAUGGAAGAGCUCAUACUGGAGAGAAGCCCUAUGAAUGUAAUCAAUGCGGUAGAACCUUUGCAUAUAGCAGUAGUCUUCAAAUACAUGAAAUAAUCCAUACUGCAGAGAAACCCUAUGAAUGUAAUCAAUGUGGUAGAGCCUUUGCACACCAGAGUUAUCUCCAGAAACAUGAAAGAACACAUACUGGAGAGAAACCCUAUAAAUGUACACAAUGUGGUAAAGCCUUUGCACAACAGAUUCAUCUUCAAGUUCAUGGAAGAAUCCAUACUGGAGAGAAACCCUAUGAAUGUAAUCAGUGUGGUAGAGCCUUUGCAUAUAGCAGUAGUCUUAAAAAACAUGAAGUGGUCCAUACUGGAGAGAAACCCUAUGAAUGUAAACAAUGUGGUAAAGCCUUUGCACAUCUCAGAUAUCUUCAAAAACAUGAAAGAACACAUACUGGAGAGAAACCCUGUGAAUCUAAUCAGUGUGGUAAAGCCUUUGCACAUAACAAUAGUCUUCAAGAACAUGAAAGAAUUCAUACUGAAGAGAAACCCUAUGAAUGUAGUUAACAUGGUAAAGCCUUUGCAUGCCACAGUAGUCUUCAUAUUCUUGAAAGAAUUCAUAUUGAAGAGAAAUCCUAUGAUGUAAUCAAUGUGGUAAAGCAUUGCAUAUCACAAUCACCUUCAAGUACAUAAAAGAACAUACUGAAGGGAAAUGCAGUCAAUGUAGUAUAAAGCCUUUGAACAUUCACAGUUAUUUUCAAAUACAAAGGAACACAUACUGGAGAGUAACCUUAUGAAUGUAAUCAGCCUGUUAAAGCCUUUGCUUAUCACAGUUGUCUAUGAGGACAUGAAAGUACUCAGACUGAAGUGAAUCUAUGAACAUAAAGUAUUUUUCCCAUAGAUUUAUUGUUUACUCAGUGUUAAAUGUUAUAGAGGUCAUACACUGUGGGAACCAUGCCUGAGAACCCAAAGAGAGAAAUGGUGCAAUGGACAGCCUCAUCCACCCAGACAGUGUAUUAAAACUUGAUUCAUAUGCAUUUUGAUAAUUUCACAAUCUUAAAAAAUUAUAACAAGACUUGGAAUUUACAUCUGCUAAAGGUCUUCAGUGUUCCAAUACAGUAUGCCAUUAAACUUCAUAUAUCUCUGUUCACUUCUUAAACCAUAACCCCAAACAAAAUUUGUGUGUGUAUGUGUGUUUACCUGGGGUAGAGUAUAAAGUAUUUGAUAAGAUCUUUAGGCUACACACUUAAAUUCAAGUUACACAAGAGUUACUGUGGAUUAAAAAAAAAAAAUCUGACAAUUGUCAACAAUCUCUUCAAGCCUUUGGAUUCA